AUGGUGUUCCUUGCAAUAAAAAGGUGUCAUCAGAAAUUGCUUCAAUAUUUUAGAUCAAACUUCACAGAUAUUUUAAAUGAGGAAAUAGAGAAUUCACAACCAAUGUCAUUGCCUUUAUCGAAUAGUACAAAUGUAUCGUCACAAGAGAAUUUUAAUGUGGAUUUAGUUUUAUCUGAUAAAAAAAGACCCGAUAGAUAUACAGGUCAAAAAGGUCACUUUCGAAGCAGAGAAGAAAUUGAUCAAAAAUAUAGAAACGUCUUUACAUACAAUUAUUUUAAUUUAGUGCAAUCUAGAAUAAUCGAUGAUGCUUUAUAUUCAGAUAAAUCUUUAGUAGUAUGCGCUCCUACUGGCUCGGGCAAAACUGUUGUGUUUGAAAUGGCUAUUGUACAAUUACUAAUGGAGAUGGAAGAUAAAAACUCCGAUCAGGAUUUCAAAAUAAUCUAUAUGGCACCUGUAAAAGCGUUAUGUUCGGAACGUUUGUCGGAAUGGUAUCCAAAAUUCACAAAGCUCGGUGUAUUAUGUAUUGAAGUCACCGGAGAUACAGAUCUCGACUUCCCACAGCUAAAACCAUAUAGACUGAUAAUAACGACUCCAGAAAAAUGGGAUAUGCUAACCCGCCGUUGGAAAGACCACGCUAGUUUUGUCGAAGUCAUUAAAUUAUUUUUAAUUGAUGAGGUUCACAUCUUAAACGAUGAAAUGCGAGGACCUGUGCUUGAAGCUGUUGUGAGUAGAAUGAAAACUAUCGAGUCAUCAGCCCAAUCCGCCCACCGCAUAACCAAACUACAACAACAGUACAGAACUAACGGAGAUACUGUAACAAUUGCUCCUUCACCUAAAAUAAGAUUCAUAGCAGUAUCCGCUACUGUUAGUAAUCCUGAAGACGUUGCUAAAUGGCUUGGGUCAGCUGAUAAACCAGCUGUGUUUUAUAAGUUCGGAGACGAAUGCCGACCAGUAAAAUUGAAACUAGUAGUAGAAGGUUAUCCUUGUGCUGAGGGCUCGAGUUUAUUCAAGUUUGAUAUAGUUCUUAAUUACAAGCUGUGGCCCAUUAUACAGAAAUACUAUAAUGGAAAACCUACUCUGAUAUUCUGCAACACGCGGAAGAGUGUCGCGCUGACCGCUGAAACGCUAUCCCGUGAGAUCACGGUUGGGUUCAGCGAUGAGCAGAAGGCCAGGCUUGCCGCUCUUGCAUCCACUAUUAAGAAUAAAAAGUUUCAAUCGUUGAUAUUAUGUGGCGUGGGCUGCCAUCACGCAGGUCUCUUAUACGAAGAAAGAAUAAACAUUGAAAACGCUUUCAGAAAUAGAGAAUUGCCUAUCCUCAUUACAACUACAACAUUAGCAAUGGGCGUCAACUUACCAGCCCAUCUGGUUAUUAUCAAGAACACUCAACAAUAUGUGAAUGGGGCAUAUCAGGAAUAUAGUAUAAGUACGAUACUCCAAAUGGUGGGACGGGCGGGUCGGCCACAAUUCGAUACUGAAGCCACCGCUGUUAUUAUGACUCGACUCGCAGAUAAGGCGCGCUACCAAUCCCUAGUCGGUGGUAGUGAUCCUCUCCAAAGCUACCUUCACAAACGUUUAGCUGAAAACCUAAACAGCGAGGCAGCACUAGGUACAGUCACGGAUGUAGCCCAAUGUGUACAGUGGGUUAACUCUACGUUUCUGAGCGUUCGAGCCGCGCGGGACCCGAGGAGGUAUUUAGGACUUCCAACGAACGCCUCUCAACAGCUGAUUUCGAAGAAAAUUGAAGAGCUUUGCGUGAAAGCGAUGAACGGCUUAGCUUCUGCAGGUCUCAUAACUAUGGAUGAAGCUAGUUGCAUAGUAUCAACGGAAGCUGGCCGACUUAUGUCCGUUUAUUACAUCGAUCUUGGAACUAUGAAAACUAUUAUGAAAAUAGACGGUACAGAAUCUCUAGAACGUCUUCUAUGGCUGGUGUGUGAGAGUCACGAACUUUCUGAUAUGCACCUGAGGGUUGACGAGAGACGCUGCUUAAAUUCUCUUAAUAGAAAUAAUUCAGCUGCUACAAUACGCUUUCCUAUGAAGGGCAAAAUUAAUAGCCGACAAAUGAAAUUGUACUGUAUUAUUCAAGCUGUCCUUGGUUGCCUACCGAUCCCAGAGCCGUCAUUAAACCAAGAAGCUAUGAAAAUUAUGAGAAUAGCCGAUCGAGUUUGUAAAUGUCUAGUAGCAUACGUAACUAAUACAAAGUUAAUGAGCACGAAUCCUAAGAACUAUACCGCGGUACUAAAUGCCUUAGUGCUUGCCAAGUGUAUAUCGGCCCACCUGUGGGAGAAUUCGCCAUUCCUAAGCAAACAACUCAGAGGCAUCGGACCCACUUUUAGUUCGUUACUCGCGUCAGCUGGAAAGGUAAAUUUUAUGCUGCUUGAAGAAAGCCAUCCAAGAGACUUAGAAAGGAUAAUGAACAAAGGCCCGCCAGCGGGUAAUAUACUCCGAAAACAAAUCAGCCUAUUACCAAAAUACAGCCUCAAUAUAAAGCCCAUCAACGAACACUCAAUUCGCAUCGAAUUGCAAUUAUUGAAUCAUGCUUUUUUGUCAGAAAAUAUAGAGCAACUGACAGCUGGAGAUACGCAUAAAUUUUAUUUAAUUGUCGGGGACUCGGAAAACAACUUGUUACACAUGUCAUCUUUUAAAGAUACAGAUUUAAUAAACCUUUACGAUGGAUGUAUCACGUGCGAUGUUACCAGGAAGCAAAAUAACGAGCAUAAAGUUAUGGCACAUUGCAUCAGUUCAAAUUUUGUUGGCAUUGACGAUCACUGCGAAUACGUGUUUAGCGAAUUGCCUACAUGUUCACAUACAAAAAAUAAUUUAAAGAUAGAUAAAAGUCAAGUAGUAGAAAAUGAAGUCUGUGUUGAAGAGACCUCAAAAGACCGUAAACGUAAAAAUGAUACACAUAUCGUUCUAUCAAAAGAAAAAAUAAAACGAGACUCAAACAUAAUAAAGCAGUUUAAACAUUUGAAGGAAUCAUUAGUGUUAACUUCUGAAAAUAUAUCAAGGAAUUUAAACGAAACAAAAGAACUUUCAAACAAAAUUUUAUCGGAUCUUAAAAAAACAGGUAACAAUAGUAUUGAAACAAUAACGUCGCUGCCUAUUAUAGAACAAACACCUCAUCAGAAUGUUAUUGUUGAAAUAUCAGAUGAAGAAGAUUACAUUGAUGAUACAGAAAUAAAUAACAUUCUGAAUGAAAUUGAAGGAGAGAUAAAACAGGUCACAGCUAAUAAUAAAGUCAUCCAACAUGAAAUUCAAAUCAAACCAACAGAAAAAAUAAGAGGCUUAUCGAAUGGUUCCAAUAAUAUACGAAUAAACAAAUCAUCAAAACUAUGUCGAGAAUCGCAAGAUAUAAAUUCUCCUUCGCCCAACAUAGUCCGUGAAGAUGUAUUAAAUAUUGCCAAUCAAGUUGAUAAUUCAGCUGCUGAUAUUAUAAUUCAUCAUGGUAAACAGUCCGAACAUAAUGGUGGUUCAUGCUUAUCGCAGAAUUUAUUACUGAAUAGAAACAUAGAAAACUUAAACUUUCAAGAGAGCUUAAGUAAAACUCAUGAAAUAAAUCUUGAUUCGCUAAAGUCAACUUUUGAGAGUCCUAGUUUUAUCAACAAACAUUCAGAUACAAACAGAAUCAAAGACAUUUGUGAAUUUUCAUCGAAUAAAUUAAAAUCUUUAAAUGCAACAAGAAAGUCGAAUCCCGAUCUAAACUAUGCCAUCCCAAACAAUAGCUUAAUUCCUUUAACUACACUUAUACAGCAAAGAGAUGAAUUACACGAGGUAUCUUGUGGGAGUAAAUCCAUCGCUAUAAAGAACGAACAUAACAAGAACAAUAACCCCCUUAUAUCGGAACUAUCAUCCGAAAACACAACGGCAACAAUGCAUAACGAUAUUACAAAUUUAGAACAUGAUGAUAGUUGUAAACGUAAAACACAUUUUUAUACUAAUGACAACAAAUUUGAGCAGUACAUCAAAAAGUUUUCCUACAGCACUUCUAAUAUUAACACUUGUACCAAGAUACUACCGGAAUGCCGCAUUCAAAUAAUAAGCCAACUUAAAGUAGAUUUAAAUGUUACUGAAAUAAAAACUCUGAAUGAUAAUUACCAAAAUAGGAAAAACACAAGUCCUAGCUUAGAUUCCAAUGCUUCGAAAAUAGUAAUAACCGAAAUUAUUUCACCGAAGCAAAGCCAAAAAUUUGAAAUGAAUGACGAAAACCAACAAAUUGUACAUGAGGAAAUCGCGUUGCCUCAAUUACAAUAUGACAUUAAAAAUAUUCUCAGCGAUAGUGUCGAAGACUCAAAGACGAAUAAUGAUAAAAUAAAUGAAAAAUAA